CUAAUAGAUAGAGAGAGAGAGAAAGAAAGAGGUUUUGAAACAAGGUCAGAGGAACAGAAGAGGAACAAAGAGUGAGGAGUUGUGUUGAUGUAUGACCGACUGAAGAGGGAAGUAGCAAAUAAGGAAACACAUGACAGAAGACCGAUGUCAGAAAGCGGGGAAGAGCUGAGCGCGUACGACAAGUGGCGGAGCUGGCCUGCUGCUUUGAACAUGCCUCAGGGAACAUUCCGACUUCCUUCCCGGCAGCGUGCUCCUUCCAGCAGGCCGAAUUGAAUGGGAGCGAGAGGAGUGGGGGGGGGCCAGAAAACGAGGAGACCGUGACCAGAGGAGGAACACCAGAGGUCACCAGCAGAGGUCAAAACCAGAGGUCAACACCAGGGGUCGCCACCAGAGGAGGAACCGCAGGGAUGCAGGGAUCACCGACAAACUCGGAUUGAGUCGAAGCAAUAUAGGCACCGUUUGUUGGGAUUUCAAAUAUUUCCAUCUCAGACUCGAAAUGAAACUAUGAUUGCUUCACGCCAGCCCAAAGGGUCAGAAGCGCCAGGAAAGGUUCAAGGUCUUUAUUCUUGAAACCAAACCUUAACCGAAACCCGAAACGGCUUCUGAGCCCGAGAAGAUAUUCACCGCCACCUUUCCCGGAUAUGAUACUGCAGAUUUGAGAUACGAUAUUUAUGUAUCGUGGCUACCAAUGUUACGUUGCACAAGUCACCAGAGUACGUGUUCGCCGUUUUUUUUAUAAACCGAAGCUGUUGGAGUUCCAGCCAGGCUUUAUCAAAGACGACCAUCCAACCGCCAUCUUGGGAGGUACAAACAAAAACAAUCAAAAACAAAGAUGGCGGAUAAAAAGGGCAGCGUGCUGGACUUCUUCAACCAGCUGUGGAGCUUUGCUGCGGACAAACACAACCAAGGGGUGUACAACACGGUGUGCCUGGCCGUCCUGCUGGCCCUCCCCCUGCUGGUCCUGCUCACCUCGCUGGUGGUCUGCUGUCACUACUGCUGUGGCGGCAGUGGCUGUUGCUGCUGCUGCUGCCGCCGCCGAAGGGACAAGGGGGCCAUAACCGCGAGGUCGGACACAAAGAAGAAGAAAAAGCAGAACAGGGGGGACACGGAGGACUUGUGGAUCUCCGUGAAGACGGGACAGAUGACGCCGGACCGUAUCGCCAUGGAGAUGGUGUAGGACUCGGACGUCAGAAUCGUCGUUCAGGAUCACAUGCCCGGGCAACACGAUAGGACUUAUUGAAUGUUGAAAAAAAAACAAAAAGCCAUACCUUCUGCAUGAAAAUAUGUGAACAAGAAUGAACCUGAAGCUGAAGUCAGCACAGGACUAUGAAAAGACUGUGUAGGUAUUAUUAGUGCUUUGGUUAUAACGCGGGUUUCCAGAUCAUGUUUACAAUGUGGUACUUUUAUGAGUCAAUAUGGUUCACAGAAGCACACUGUGUGACUUGAGAGAUGGAUUGGGUAUUUAAGAGUUUAAAAAUGAUGCCUAGGGACUGUCUGCUUAAAACCAGGCACAUUGGAAUGUGUGUGUACUGUGUCUGUGUUUGAGUGUGUUCAUGACAAAACAAAACUAAAACAUUGGUGUAGAAGUGACCUUUUAUGGUCAUUGGCUCUCACAAUGGAGCUUAGUUAAAGGACUGCUCGAUAUAGCUGGCAUGUUGAUGAUGAGCUAAAGCCAUCCAUUUCUUAAAAGUUUAGCCUAUUGCACUUGUCCAGCACCGUUUAAAAGGGUUGUUUUUAUGCUGUUCUCGCUGUAAGUCCUCAACCUGAUUGAUUCCUUGUUGAAAAGUACACCAUCCUAAGUCCACUUAUGGGAGGCAUAUUAUGGUGUUUUCCCAACAAGUAAACAUAGUUUUUCAGUUCCAGAAAACAUGUUUUUGAAGCUGUUUGCUGGAUAGGUUUUAGGAAAAAAAAAUCCCACCUACCACUAUUCCCCGCUGUUUCUGGUGUCUGUAGCUUUAAUGCAAAUGAGCUGCUGCCCAUUGACCAAUGAGCUGUCGGACUGAACCACAGCAUGGAGGAGAAGGGAUAUUUGCCGUUUGUGGACUCCUGGAGCUCUAUAUCUAUAUAAUAUAAUGGUACUCCGGGACCUGAGCUGCCGGAUUGCCGCCGAGCUCCCCUCGCUGGAGCCCCCGGACUGCCGCCGACGAUACCUGUCUGGGUGAUUGAAUCGUAAAUUGGAACCGUCUCUCCUGGCUUCACUAAAACAUCUGGUUGCACUCAGCUCAACGUUAGAUUUAGCUCACACUAAAUGCCACGUAAAAAAUAGCAAACAGCAACAGUAAACAACAGCAGUAGCACUUCUAAGGUCUUUGUGAUAAGACUUCACUCCAGCUCUGUUCUGACCGACGUGCAUUGAUUCCAAAAGACAGAGGUGAUUCACUGGUAGUGUUAGCAUUCGUGGUCAAAGGCACUUGGACAGAGCGCAUUCAGCCAUCAGCCAGCGGAUUUGAAAUGUUAUAUCGCUUACGGAUGUUUUAGUGAUGCCAUGGGAGACGUUUACGAUGGUUUAACUAUCAGACCGUUAUAGUCCUUUAAUGCUGACUUGUGUGAAGCACUUUUUAAGUCCUCGAAGGUGUUCAAAUCAAAUUAUUGCGUAUUGAGAGGUUUAGGGAUUAGAUGUAUAAUAUAUUUUUUAUAUUAGAAACUAUGAGAGAAGAUUGAAACAAUGUGAUGUUUAAAUUCUCUAGACUUCAGGGCUCUUUAGAAAACUCUUAGAUUGCUGCUUUGAACUUUAAUUAAAGUAUCUUCUCGUCCUCCUUUUAGCAAGAUACUGCCCUCAUACUUUGUUUAUCACUGCACACACUUCACUGUGAGGUUUAUUAAAUUCAGUAUGUAUAUUCCACACACCCGCAUAACAGAGACGCCCCAUGUGAUAUUUGAAUAGUAACGUUAGGCCUUUUGUUGAAAAUGGUUUCAAGUGUCAGUAUUCUACUCCCAUGUUUAAACAAACACACAUAUUCACCCGCUUCCUUUCUUGAACUUUGGUAAAAAAUUACGGCUUCCUCCAUAAACCUAUUUUGUUAUAAAACAAAAAAAAAAAAAACGUUCACACAGGUGAUGAUUCGCUGUAUGCUAGGUAUUUCACAAGCUCAACUCAUCAGGUCGGAAAUCUCUCUCUCUCUCACUCUCUCUCUCUCUCUCUCUCCCUCUCUCCCCUCUCUCCUCCCUCCCUCCCUCCCUCCCUCCCUCUCCCUUGUGUUUACUGCCCGUCAGUUCGCGCUGAACACAGCGCCGCUGGAAGCUCGGGGAGGAUUUGCAAUCUGUUAACAGCAAUCUGCCCUCUCAGAUCUCGUGUCUCAGACGAGCUUCCCCGGCAAAGCUUCCCCCGUUUCGCAGCCAAUUAUGCACGGCAGUGUGUAUCUAGGAUGUUGCUUUGUACACCGUUGUUGUUACACAGUUGAAAAUGCUGAAUUCCACAUAUUAUAAUUGUGCUGAUUACACGUGUUGGCUCUAUGCAUGCACCAUUUAUUUGGCGGAUCAAGACGCACGGAAAGUUACAAUCCAACCCAACAUGGGGAAGAUUCAAAGUGGAGGAAUAAAGUAAAAAAUUUCGAG